AUGCCAUAUGUCCCUCCAACUGCAGUGAACACCACCCUGAGAUUACGGGCUCUGAGGGAGGUGAUGGAGAAACAGAACCUCACAGCCUACAUCAUCCCUGGCACAGACGCACACCUGAGUGAGUACAUUGCUAUACGGGAUGCAAGAGUUACCUUCAUGUCUGGCUUCACAGGCUCAGCAGGCACGGCGGUGGUGACGAUGGAUAAGGCCACACUAUGGACCGACAGCCGCUACUGGGUACAGGCUGAGAGGCAGAUGGACUGCAACUGGGCACUGGAGAAAGAUGUCUCCACAAGCAGCAUCACAAACUGGCUCAUCAAGGAAGUUGCAGCGGGAGAAGAAAUUGGAUUUGAUCCUUACGUCUUCUCCGUCAAGACGUUCAAUGCCUACAGCGGAAACCUGUCCCCUGCCAGUCGCGUGUUGAAGUCCAUUCCUGACAACCUGGUAGAUAAAGUAUGGAGCGAUCGGCCACCAAUAUCCACAGACAGCCUUGUGCGGCUGCCAGAUAACAUCAUCGAGAGGACUUGGCAGCAGAAGGUGGCGUAUAUCAGGGGUAUGAUGACGGAGAACCCAUACGAGCCCACCGCUGUGCUCCUCUCCGCGCUCGACGAGACAGCAUGGCUCUUCAAUCUGCGAGGAAAUGAUAUACCAUACCACCCCUUCUUCUAUUCCUACACUCUAUUGACAAUGGAUGGCAUCAUGCUUUUUGUGCACACGGCUCGAGUAACAGAAGAAUUGAAGACGUACCUGAACUCAGCCUGCUAUACAGAGGGAUGCGUACAGAUUCUUGAGUAUGGCCAGGAACGGACCCAGUUGAAGGCCUAUCUGACGCGCCCCAACGUGAGGGUGUGGGCAGGGACCGAGUACACCAACCAGGCCCUCUACGAACUCAUACCCGAGGACAAGUUAAUGACCACUGAUUACUCUCCUGUGCUCACCACCAAAGCUGUGAAGGACCCCACGGAACAGCGUAUCCUGAGAGAGGCACACGUGAGGGAUGCGGUGGCCGUUAUGCAGCUGCUGGUGUGGCUGGAGAAGAACGUCCCCUCAGGCAAAGAGACGGAGGUGACAGCAGCACGUUAUGUCGAUGAGUGCCGCAGCAAGCAGAAGAACAGCAGGGGCCCCAGCUUUGAGACCAUCUCUGCCAGUGGACCCAACGCUGCUCUGGCCCACUACAGUCCUACUGAGGAAACAGCUCGGGUGCUGAGCGUAGAUGAGAUGUACCUGGUUGAUUCUGGUGGCCAGUAUCUUGAUGGAACCACCGACAUCACCAGAACAGUUCACCUGGGCACUCCCACAGACUUCCAGAGGGAGGCUUACACCCGUGUGCUGAUGGGUAACAUUGAAAUAUCCCGAAAUAUCUUCCCUGAUGGAACAAGAGGCAUCAAUAUGGAGAUGUUGGGCCGCCGGGCAUUGUGGGAAGUGGGCCUGAACUACGGCCAUGGCACAGGACACGGUGUGGGCAACUACUUUGGAGUCCAUGAAUGGCCCGUGGGUUUCCAGUCCAACAAUAUUCCCUUCAGAGAGGGAAUGUUUACAUCGAUAGAGCCUGGAUAUUACAAAGAGAAUGACUUUGGAAUUAGAAUUGAAGAUAUUGCAAUGUUGACUCCAAUAAAAACAAAGUAUGGCAAUAAUUUCCUGACCUUCGACAUCGUCUCCCUGGUUCCGUAUGACAACAAGUUGAUCAACACCUCCCUCUUGAGCCCUCAGCAGUUGGACUGGCUGAACCGCUACUACCAGAUGGUGCGUGAUAUAAUGGGUCCAGAGCUGAAGACCCAGGGCCACCACGAGCUCCACGACUGGAUGAUGAAGCACACAGAGCCCUUCCCCACCCCACACAACUCUGCCCCCAUCACCUCCUACUCCUUCUCUCUCCUCCUCUCUCUGCUCUCCACUCUACUGCUUCAGCACCUCCUCUGAGGUGUGGAGAUUUCUACUCCCGUUUCUUACUCCUCAAACGUGUCUUACUCCAAACUGAGGUGUGUCGUCUUUUCUGGCCUGCUUCUUUUAGCUCCUCCUCACUCUG